AUGUUUGUUGUCAAUCAUUCAUCACAAAAAUCAGUCCCAAACAUUGUUGAAGUUAAUUAUCACAUAAUGGCUACUAGUUCUGGAGGCAGCAAUGAUACGCUGGAGCUUCUGCGAUGGAAGUGCCGAGAAUAUGAAGCUAAAACAGGGAGAAGCAUUUCUGUUGCGAACGCAGCCAAGUUCGUGGCUGGCAUUGUCACUCCUAUUAUGUGCACUGAAGGGAUACUGAUCGGCGGGUGGGACGAUCAGAAGCUCCAGACCCUAAACCCUAAACCCUAG